AUGCGUUACGACGAAAAUGUGAAUCUCGUCACAAAAAUUGACGACGGUGAUAUAGAAAAAUCGACAGUUAAUAGUUCCAACAAAAGAACGCAUUUACACAAAUGCUGCCAAAGAAAUUCGACUCACAGGAAAGUAUUAAAGCGAGUGAUUUUUAAAUCGGGUCACGUGAACCUAGAGAAAUCAAAGAAAUCCAAAUAUCAUGUGAUUCCAGAUGUAGUGACUGCUUUUAUAGAUGCGCGUUGGAGGUGGACCUUGGUGUACUGCAUUCUCACUUAUGUUUUUAUAUGGCUCUUCUUCACAAUGGUGUGGUGGGUUAUCUUGUAUUCGCACGGGGAUUUAACAGAGAACCACAUGCCUCACGCAAAUAUGUCUACAGAAUGGAAGCCAUGCGUAAGCGAAAUUUUUGGGUUUACUUCGAUUUUCCUCUUCAGCAUAGAAAUUCACACGACCAUCGGCUACGGAAGCAGGACUAUUACUUUGGAAUGUCCGUCAGCGUGGCUAGCUAUGUGCCUUGAAAGCAUUAUUGGAACAAUAACCCAGUCGUUCAUAGUGGGUAUCGUAUUUGCGAAAUUAACAAGACCGAAAAGUCGAGCGAAAACUCUAAUAUUCUCUAAGCAUGCCAUUAUCAAUCAGAGAGAUUGCGACUUGUGCUUGAUAUUCCGCGUUGGGAAUACAAGAAAAUCUAGGAUCAUUGACAUUAGAGUCCACGCCUACCUUAUACGAUGCGUCAACUCCGGCGAUUUAUUGAAUGAACAAUUAAAACUGAGCUUAUCAGUUAAUUCAGCUGAAAAUGUGCCCUUUAUAUUUCCUAUUUCUGUUGUGCAUGUCAUCGAUGAAAAUAGUCCGUUUUUCACGUUAUCGGCUAAUGACAUCUUGAAAUCGAAGCUUGAAGUAGUUGUAGUUUUUGAAGGUGUUAUAGAAUCCACAGGUCAGCCGGUGCAAGCUAAAUCGAGUUACAUUGCAAGGGAAAUCUUGUGGGGACAUCGGUUUGUUCAAGUCGUUGAUUAUCACAGAGAGAGGCAAGGUUACGUUGUCAACUAUUCGAAAUUCGAUGAGACCAUUCGCAUCAAUUCACCGUUAUGUUCAGCCCAGGUCCUUCGACUAUUUUAUAACAACUUUUAAAUUUAGAGACGAAUAAUACAUGUCUGUGUUCAAUUCGCUACCUUGCCUUCCGAAGAUGUGGAUGUAUUACGACAAUUAGUUUUCUAAGUUCCAUUGUGUCUCUGUACAUGGUCUGCAUCGCUGACAUUCGUAUCUGAAGCGAUGACACAAGUAGCUUUAACGCCGUUAGCUGAGUGGUGCAGCUUUGUAAAUCCGUAUCAAGUCUUGACAAAAUUUUACUAUUUGCGUCAAACUGGGCUUUCAGGUAUUUUCCCACGAUUGUGCACAUUACACUGUUUGAAGUAAUAUACUAUUAAAUACAGAAUUGUUGGUGUCACUCUUAUUUAACCCGUUUACUUAGGCAUACUGGCGUGAUUUUAGUUUUCACUUAUUAAAAUACGUUCAUACGUAUCUAAAUUUAG